CGUUCUUUUUUUAUUGGUAGGCUACUGAACGUUUAUUAACUUUAAAAAUAUGUCUAAUUUAGAAUGGGGUCGUUGAAUGGUUUUGAGUGUAUUUACAGUCUUAUUUGUCGUUGGUGUUGGUGGCAAAACAUUAGAAUAUUCAAUAUUUGUUUCUGUAGGUUCCGCUUUUGAUGACGUACCCGGAUGUCGCACUGUCAAACCUGGUUUAACUUGUGUGUGCUUAUAUAAUUUCGUUCUUUUUUAUUGGUAGACUACUGAACGUUUAUUAACUUUACAAAUAUGUCUAGUUUACAAUGUUGUGGUUAAAUAAUUUUGAAUGUACAGUAUAGCUAGCUUUAGCGUUAGCUUUAAUUGAUUGUUAGCAGCGGAACCUUUAGACUAUUUGUUUCAGUAGGUUCCGCUUAUGGUGACGUACCCGGAUGUUGUCUGAAUGUCAAACAUGGCGUCGCCCAUGCGUUCGUAGUUAGUCUUUUUAGAGGUAGAUAUUACCGCACAUUGUUUUCAAUUGUAAUGAGUGUUAUUUGGUGACAUACAUGGCAGCACUUUUACUUUGAUUUGGAUGCGAUUUGACUCAUUUUGUGGAUAAAUGGCGUUGAGUCGAAGUGUUCGUCGACUGUAUUGUCAAAUUCAACGAUAUGUUGUGUCCACAAAGCAACCAGCUCGAUGUGUGACACAGUCGUCCACCCAACCGGAGCCCAACUUGGGUGAAAAUGAGGACGUGAACCCGACGUUUGUCAACCGAAACCCGCGGAACCUGGAGCAGAUGGCCUUGGCUGUGAAGGACCGUGGCUGGAAGACCACAUGGCCUCACCGGGAGUUUUACCACAGGUUGGUGUUUUCCCGCAGUCAGCGACACGUGACAGCUGAGGUCUUCUCCUGCUCCUCUCCAAUCCCGGUGCUCUCCUGCUCCACCAAAGAGUGGGCGCUAAAAAAGGAGCUGCCCUCCACGCACUGCGUGGCAGCAUGCCAGGCUGUGGGCGAGGUGCUAGCGCAUCGAUGCAAGCAGGCCGGCAUCACCAGGAUGGUGUACAGGGCCAUUCCCUGGACGUACCGCUCCGAUGCUGUUCAGUCGUUCCGAGCUGCAAUGAAAGAAUCGGGAAUCAUCCUCAGUGAACCCAGAAGGAAAUACAUUGGAACAUAAUUGUUACCAAAACUAAAAGAAACAACCACAUGGUGUCAUUAUUUUUAUUGUGCGGAUUUAAACACAUCAGCAGAAGUGGACAGUGCUUUAAAAUUGAUCAUUUUGGAUCAUAGUACAGUGUGAUUUUGGCUCAGGCUGUCUGGUGUGCGAUAAAUAAAAUGCAUGCAUGUUAAAUGUUGAUCCUGCAA